AUUCUAAGGAUCGAGUUUUAAAACUCGAAAACUUCUCCUUUGAAGCCUCUUUAGAGCUUGAAAAAGUUCCUCAUGAAAUAUUUGUGCAAAACUUUCCUAAAAAUGAAGCUAAUGAGAAUACAACGGUAAAUGGAAAUUUGAAUAGUAUCGAUAAUCCGAGGAAUUGGUCUUCAAAAAAGAAGUGGUUAGUUUUGGCUAUCAUAACUGUCUCAGGAAUAUCGAUGCCUAUUGCAGGAACGAUCCAAUUUCCUGCACUUGUAGUAAUACAAAAUGAAUUUAAUGCCUCCAAUUUAGCUAUAGAUGCUUUUGGUUCUGUGUCUACGUUUUUCCUAGGGGUAGUGUCAAUAGUUUUCGCUGCAUAUUCGGAUGAACUCGCAACAAGAAAGAAAGUGUUUAUCACUUCUUUUCUAGUAUUUAUUUUAGCAUCAGUGGUGUGCGCAAUUGCAACAAACAUUUGGUUGUUAAUAAUAAUGCGCGCCAUUCAGGCUUGUGGCAAUUCUGCUAUAUUGCCACUUUGUGCUGGAGUUAUAAGCGACAUUUACAAUCCGCUUGAAAGAGGAAGUGCAUUUGGAAUAUUUUACUUUGUUUUUUGGAUUGGUCCCUUUCUAGCUACAAUUUUUAGUGGAUUCAUUGCCCAAUAUCUUGGUUGGCGUUGGAUUUUUUGGAUUUUGGCGAUUUUUGGUGGUGUCAUCUUAUUUUUGAUAUUAUUCUUUCUUCCUGAAACUUUUAAUGCUGAUUCUUUAAAAUCUAAUCCAAUUUCAAAGUUUAAUCCAAUUUCUCCAUUAAAAUUAUUUAAAUAUCCAAAUAUCACUCUUGUUAUUAUAUAUAUAUGUAUAUCAACCUUAUUAAUUCAUAUUCAAAAUAUUAGUAUUCCUAUAAAUUUUUCUGCUCGUUAUAAUUUUACAACUUCAGAAAUUGGGCUAUUCUUUAUCGCACCUUGUUUUGGAUAUAUGCUUGGAAGUUUGUUAGGAGGAAAAUAUUCGGAUUAUUUAUCACAAAAAUUAUUAUCAAUAUCUGGAGAUUAUUGUCCCGAAGUAAGAAUAAAAGGUGCUUGGUUUGGCUCAUUAUUAAUUCCAAUAACUUGUUUCAUUUAUGGAUGGUUAUUAGAAAUUAAUUCUAAUAUUUACGUAUUGGGAAUCAUAUUAUUUUUAUGCUCAUUUGGAAUGUUAACCACAUUUAACACUUUAUCUACAUAUCUUGUCGACGCAUGUCCUGGACGUGGUGCUUCGGUUAUGGCAUUAACAUGUCUUAUUAGAUUGGCUAUACCUGGUAUCAUAACAAUUUUUGAAACUUCUAUUGAAGAAAGAUUAGGUGUUCGUUGGAUGUUUACGUUAAUAAGUGUAAUAUGUUUUCUUAGUAUUUUAUUGCUAGUUAUGGUAUAUAUUAAUGGAAGGAAAUGGAGAUCUAAUUUUAUUGCUACAAUCUAA